AGAGCAACCUUAACAGACGGGUGAAAAGUACUUCUCUCCAUCACCAUGCAUACGUUUAGGAUAGCAGGGGUUAUUUGGGUGGUUUGUAUGCUCAUACCAUUUAACCCUGUUGAAGCGUGGUACAAACAAGCUACCAGCCCAAGCUAUUACUCUGUCGGUAGGGCUUCGGGAUUGUUGUCCGGGAUCAGGAGGUCGCCUUACGUCCGACGCGCAGAGUCAGCAUCUGAAAGCGAGGGGCUGCCAGAGUCUUCAGAUAAAAACUCCAUUCUGGAAACAAACUUCCGACCGUCAGUCUUCCUCAAAACGUUGGCAAUCUGUGUUAAAGACGCAUCACCAAACAUUCAAAGCUGCGAACCAGUCCAAGAUGGGACAGCGGUGUUCAAGUGCAAAGGCGAGUUACUCAUCUCCUUGGAUCCACGAGAGUGUGACGGACUUUGAGUAUCUGCAUUCACACAGGCCAACACUAUGAACACUAAACUGGAAAUGAAGGACGGCACUUUUUUUGAUGUUCUAUUAUCAUGUCUUGUCAGGGCUACUUUUUAACAUGGACAAUAGGGUACAUUGAAAUAAUGUAAAUUGAUUACAAAUGUUAUGAACAGAACUUUUUUUUUUUUGUCUGGGAGGAUCUUAUGCUAUGUUG